CGACCAUUUCGCCAGAAAGGAUAUGCACGCGUAGGCAAAGAACAGUGUUAGGUUCACGUUUCCAGGUUUUGCACAUUACUAAAAUUCGGUCCUAGGCUUCAUUGUUAACCAAAAUUGAUCCAAUUGUGUGAUCGCAGUAACAUCGUGCGGAUUAAAGAUUCGACAACCAUUAAAAAAGAAAAACUACAUUAUUUCAUCGAGGUAGUUUCAUAAAUGCCAAACAACCAUUUUGUGCACCGUAUUCCGGAAGCUCACACGCCUGCAACAAUUAUUGCUGUCAGAACGUCAAGGGGGAAGACACACUCCAAGGGCGACGAACUAAUCGAGUAUGAGUACAAAGAAACAGUCAAGGGCUUUGUCGACGACGACACUACAUCAGAACAGGCUCGAAGGGCCGAGAUACGAGCUGCUAAAGAUGGUCAGGUUGAAGCAAUCAAUGUUUCAAAGGGACAGAUCAUUCAGGAUGAAGCCACGGUAUUGAUGGAAUACAAAGGAUGCGAUCAUGAGACGCGAUACACAGACAUUUGUGCUGAAUGUGGGAAAACUGGACUUCCUCCAGAGGCACAAGUCAACAUGACCCACGAUGCAACAUCUUUGAGCGUUAGUCGUUCGGAGGCAGCGCGGUUAGAGAAAGCCACUGUGCAGCGCCUUGUUGCAGAAGGAAAACUUUCGCUCAUUGUAGAUUUGGAUCAGACCCUUAUUCACGCGACGGUUGGAACAGCCAUCGAUGAAUGGAUAAAUUCACAAGGCGAGAUGCCAAAAGAUAUCAAAAUGUUUCCAUUGCCUGACAGCCCCACACCUUAUUAUAUCAAACUUCGGCCCCAUCUGGAGAUAUUUUUGAAGGAAGUAUCUCGUGCUUACGAGUUGCACAUUUACACAAUGGGAACUAGAAAUUAUGCAGCAGCGGUUGCUAAUGUUAUUGAUCCAGAAGGCCGGUAUUUUAGUCAACGUAUUCUUUCCAGGGAUGAGAAUUCACAUAUGACUCAGAAAAGUAUCCAACGCCUCUUCCCCUGCGAUGACUCAAUGGUGGUUGUGAUUGACGAUCGUGCGGAUGUCUGGCGGAAUUCACCCAACUUGGUCAAAGUGCAUCCUUAUGAAUACUUUAUAGGAACUGGCGAUAUUAAUGCAGCACAUCUGCCGAAACAAGGAACACCAGUAAAAUCGGACUCAGCACCAUCUGCAGAAUCAGCAAAGGAAUCUAUUGACUCACUUGAGACUUCUAAAGCCGUACCUCAGUCCACUGAUAAAUCAUCUCCGGAUGCCAAUACCUCCGCAGAAACAAAGCCUGUCGUGCCACCAAAUACUGACAUAGCUAACAAAGCACAGAAACCGAAAGCUCCUGUCUUGGAUGAUAAUGAUGACGAAUUAAAGCGCGUUUCAAAUAUUCUCAUGGAUAUCCAUGAGCAAUUUUUUGAUGUUAUGGAGAAUCACAACGCAGGCUAUACUAAGGAGGCGCCCGAUGUCAAGAAAAUCAUAACCAACAUGAAAAGACGUGUUUUGCAGGGAGUCCAUCUGGUGUUUAGUAGUGUUAUCCCGUUGGGUCAGGAUCCUCAACGUGCGGACAUUUGGAGGCAUGCACAACACUUUGGCGCGGCUUGCUCACACGACAUCCGGUCCAGCGUAACACAUGUUGUUGCGGCUAAGCCUGGGACUGCAAAGGUGAAUAAGGCGAGACAGAACAAGAAAAUUCAUAUAGUGCGACCGGAGUGGCUCUAUGAUUCAAUUGCAAAGUUUCAAAAACAAGAUGAAUCCAAGUACCUACUAUUGGGUGACGCUGGUAAAUCCACAUCAACUGCGACAACACCUCAAUCUCAGGCGGAAGGAGGGGAAGAUACAGGAUUGGAUGACGACAGUAUAGACGAUGAGGACCAAGGAGGUAUCUCUGAAGGUAUGGACGAGAACCAUAACCCCCUGAGUAUUGACAAAGCUGUCAUCAAUGAGCAUUUAAAGGCUAUGAAUUGGGGUGAUUUGGAGAAGGAAAUCGAGGAUGAAGUCGGCGAUGAUCUGGAUGAGUCUGAGUUCGAUAGUGACACAAGCAAUGCACAGAGUGAUGCUAGCACAGAUGGAGGCAAAUCACCACUUGUAAAAUUGAAACGAACUCGGAUACCUCGCAAGUCAGGUUUGGGUACGUCUGUGACUUAUGGAGAUGGCACAAACAGCAGCAGUAGUAGUGAUGAUGAAGGGAAUAAUCAUAUAUCGGCACGAGACGAACUGAUGCUGGAUGGUUUAAAGAAAGUAGCCGAAGGCCGAGAAUCGGAGGAGAGCGAUGGUGAGAUUGAUUAUGAGAAUGGGUCAGAUAGUGAUGGUGAUGAUGGAAAUGACAGUCAGGACAAUGGUAGCGAUAUAGGUCAACCCGCAAGACCAAAGAAGCGGAGACGACUUAGCUAUGAAAGUAAAACUAGAGGCGAUAAUGAUGAUGAGAAUGGAGCGAUACACCAGGGAGGGGCAGAAGCGGAUGAUGAAGGCAAUAUGGACUAUUCUAGACAGCAACCAGAAGAUGAGGACGAAGACGACGAUGUUUUCCUGAGUAACCUCGAGAAUGACCUUGAAGCACAGUUAAACGAGGACUAAGAGGGCCCAAAGAAGAGGGAAAAAAUUACUAACAAUGUCAAAGAUCAAGAGAGCGAAAAAUGUAAAUUUAAAUACAUGCCCAACAUGGAUUCAAUGGCCAAUUUUAUGUUACUAAAAAGUUCUAAAUUAAACUCUGUACUCUAAAAGAUUUGUAAAUACUUUUAAAAAGAAAUCAGACAACCGACUUUGAGAACCAUGUCCUGACCCUUAACAAAAG